AUAUGAUCCGAGAGCGACUCACCGUCUCCAAGGAUGCGGCUCUUCUCCUCAAAUCCAUGCUUGCCAUGCGGGCUGUUCCGGAGGAUGGGCUUCCUCUGGACAGUUGUUGGAAGCGGAUGUCCCCCCUGAAUCUCGAACUUCCACUUCUUCAUAGUGACAAUGAGACUGACCUCCAGGAGUUUGGGAAUACCGACGUGCCCAGUUUCAGCAACAUACGGCUCCCUCUAGAAACUGUGGAUGACGAGAAAGAUGAGGGGUUAGGGUGGCCAGCCGCUUACUUGGAGUAUCCAAAGAUCCAUGAUGCCGAAUGUCAAGCAGAGAAAUUGGCUGUCUCAAGGGGCGUUUUGUUAUUCCUCCAGAAGGUUAUCCAUGAUGACUGGGGUCAGACAGAUAUUGUUGAUCUUGUUCAUGGGGGGCAAAGUGGCAAGAGGUUGGGUGUACAGCUUCUGACACCUCCCCUACUUCCUAUAUCCCCGCCCUUGACUCCUUAUAUUCCAUCAUCCCCUGGCAAUCGUCUCGAACUUCUCUCAGACAGCAGCAAUUCUCCGCUAGCCGAAUUAAAAGUGCUGGAAGAUCGCAUCAUGAAAGAUGAUACACUGUUACCAGGUCUCGAUCACGAAGCCUCCGACGAUUCAAUGCUGCUGGAUGAGGUCAGUUCCCUGCGAGAGGUUCAAGAGAAACCAGUCAUGCUAUCCAUGAAACGAAAAGCACGCGAUUGCAAAGUUGAAGGCCCACUCACGCCUCUAAACUCGGACUCUCCAAGCAAGAAACUGAAAUCCGUUUCUUUCAAAGAGAUGGUCUGCGAAUAUAUCCCAGACAUCACCAUCGCCUUGGACUCUGGCAGUGGAAGCUCUGAAGCACUUGGCAGCGUUGAUGAUGUCUACAGGCAGCUAGAAUCCCAUGCGAAAGAAGCGACUCGAAGACUGGAGAGCGAGAAGUUAUCCGAAGUUGAUACCACGAAGCGUGUUGAUGUUCCGCAUAUCGAUUCCAUAUCCAUCGUGGCUCCUUGGGAUGUCUUUUCUCGGAAGGUGAUGUCCCGCACCAUGACAAGCGAUGCCACCGAGCUGCAAGCUCAGAAACGAUUCCUCACUCAGGUCAAGAGAUCCGAUCUCGGGGCCACACCUACGUGGCAUGGGAUAUCCAAGCUUGAUCGGGAGCUGAGCUGGGCCGUCUUCCGCAAAGAGAUGGGAAGCAUAGCGUUGGAAGAGAAUCUGCAUGGUGGGGAGCUUGUUGAUAAAUUGCUUACCGAGCUUACAGGAGGCAACAUCGCAACGAGCUCCACUGAUAUCUGGCACAGAGAUGGGUUGCGUAUCCUUGAGGAUGAUAAUAGUGUCGAAGAACUGGACCCUGCCGAUUACGGAGCAACUGCUAUUGGGAAUCGCGAAGUAGGCUUAGGGCAUCAAUCGGCAGACGUGGAGAACCUCCGCCAGAAGACGUUUCUUGACGGCGAUCCGGGUCAGAAGUCCGAAUCAAGCAAGAAGAUUUCUCGCCAAGGAUCUUUGGCUGAGAAACCGGAUGAUAACACCCUCAUGUUUGGGGGCAAGUUUUCUACCUCCACCGCUCUGCAGAGAUUCAUGGAGAUACAUGGAAAAGCCCGCGAGUCUCAGUCGGCCAUGCAACAAACAAGCGCUCCUGGUGUGACGCCAACAGCGCCUGACCCUUCCAGCCGGAACCCGUGUGGUAGGGAGGUCACCAAACUAGUCUCACCAGAACCUCAACAUGCUGGUGCUUCACGGAACCGAUCCCAUCAAGAGCCGAAACUUCCUCUAAAACUACCGGAGAUACCAAAGCACCUGCCAGCCUGCUCGUACAUAAUGUCGUUCACGUUGCUCAGGCAGCGUAAUCUAUCCCGGGAAAUAAAAGCGCUGUAUCCUUCCGCUCACAUCAUAGAAAGAGACUUUACGCUACCCCACUCGCCAAGCGACGAGGCGGAUCUGCUUCUCUCCCCUUCCACCGGGCUCAUCUGUACAACACUGCAACAAAUCAAGCAAACGGCACUUCCCGGCCAACCUGAUCGAGCAUUCGUCAAAGAGCGGCUGUCAACGUUAGCAGCAAGAUAUGAAAGGCUGAUUGUGCUUAUCAGUGAGGGAUUGAGCGUGGAGGCAGAGUCGUAUGGUCGUGGGUCUCUGCACGCUGUUGAUGCUCGUGACAGAGACGCCAUGGCUCAGUUUGGCAACUUCGCAUCCAAGAUGGAUGUCGAGGUUUUCACUGUUUUCGUUCGGGGUGGGGAGCAAGCUCUUGCAAGGGCCAUUGUCAACGAAAUGGUAAAGUGGGGACUUCCUCAUGGAUUCAAAGACCUUGGUGAUCUGAGAUUAUUAGAGGACGAGACUACAUGGGAAGUAUUCUUGAGAAGAGCCGGGUUGAACCCUUUUUCUGCUCAAAUCAUUCUCGCCUCCUUCAAGCACCCUUAUGACAUGCCGCUUCGUGCAGGUUCCCCCUACUCCGCUGGUGAAUCCCAAGAAGUCCUCAAAGUAUAUGGACUCCCCGCAUUCCUCCUUCUCGAACCAGAAGAACGCAUCACCCGGUUUGAGGUUCUGAUGGGCGGGCGCAGGGUGCUCAGCCGUAUUAACGAGAUGCUCGAGAGAAAAUGGCCCAGUGCAGCAAAUGGUUUCAAAAUCUAAGGGCUAUCUUCCACUUUCCGGAAGGGAUCUAUGUUGGAGGCAUGUGCUCGAUGCAUCUACCGGGUUGUUACCUCGGGAUUACUGCUCUUACAGUGAAUAUUUCUCUGUGCUCCUUCUGGACGAUAACAUAUUCCUCAAGCGCAUCAGGCGAGUUUUGAAUCACGGCCCUGGCAGAAGCGUCGCGGAAGGCUCGGUGUCUAACGACUUUCGCCAAGUGUAUUCACUUCUAGACCUGGGAGUAAUUGGUUCACAUUAUUUUACCUUAAACUUCUACAGCA